AUGAAGUUGCUAAUUUGCAUAUUAAUAUUCCUCGUUAAGAGCUUGUUGGUUCGGACGCUGAAACCCUCAGCGACUCAAGACUUGCUCUCGGCCAGUUCGCCUGCUGUGGGCGCCGCGCUGAGGGCCUCCCCCCGACCCCGGUCCUCCGUCCUUAUCUUCACGGACGGCGCCAGCUCCUCCAGCGCCAUCUCGGAGGUGGUUGGCCAAGUGGAAGCUCCCAUGGGCGUGGGCGUGUUCGUAGUGGAAAGAGGAAAGGCGGGCGUCAACAUGACCCAGGUGGUUGCAGACACACGUAAGGUCGCGGUGGCCUCCUGGAGCGCCGCGGUGGUGGUGGCGAGCGAGGAGCGGAGGUUCCUGGCCGCCUUCGCCGAGGCCUCCCUUCGGUGCCGCCUCCUGCGGUGGGACACCCGUCUCCUGCUGGUCACCAGGCUCGGCCCGCAGGAGCUUCGCGCCCUCAUGAGCGAUCACUGGACCUUCUCUAUGAUGAACGUCAUGCUCAUAAACAUGGAGGAACGCCGAGAGGGAAGGAGGAGGAGAAGGAGGAGCAGGAGGUACGGACUCUACACACACUUGCCCUACGGAGCCCACGGGCGCCAUCAGACGGCGAGGGCGGCCUCCUGGGCCCCAGAAUCCGGCCUCGUUCUAAGCCCCGGCGCCUCCGUCUUCCAGGAGAAAUAUUCGAACUUCCACGGCGCCGUAGUGAACCUGACCGUCCUGCCGUGGAUGCCCAACUGGAAGGAGACGCAGACGGCGACGGAGGACGGGGGGAACGCCACCAUGUAUUCUGGGACCGAUUACUCAGCUCUCAAGACGGUGGCUGAGACGCUGAACUUCACCUUCAGUAAAGUCCGGACGAGAAACUUCGUGGAGUUGGAGAACCUGGUGGAAGAGGGAGCAGUGUUCCUGUGUCCCCUGAAUUACGCUAUACUGCUCGAGAGAAUGGAAAGAUAUGACUUUACUCGCUGGUACACUUUCAUCUACCGCGCCUUCGCUAUGAGGACGCCCGUCCCCUCCUCUUCCUGGAAGAGCCUGGUCACCCCGCUCUCGGGCGAGGUCUGGGCCGCCGUCGUCGUCGCCACGGGCCUCGUGACCUUGACUCUCAGACUCACCUCCAAGUAUUCAGAGUACCAUCUACUCACCCGCACUCAUCAUGCAUAUACACCACAUGCCUCUCAACAGAUGAACCGUUUAGGAGGCGACUGGUACCCCAACCUCGGCAAAGGAAUCCUGCAGAUCUACAAGACCCUCGUGGGACAAGACCUCGCUCAACGGCGCCUGAGCACCACAGCGACUCGGCUCGUCAUCGUCACGUGGCUGGCAUUCGCGCUCAUCAUCGGCGUUGCUUACAGGACGAAACUCAUGGCUGCCCUCACCUUCCGCACGCAACCUCCUCGCCCCGAAACCGUUGAAGAGCUCGUGCAAACAGUGGACAGGCGGCAGUUGGACCGCCUCCUCACGCUUUUCGUCGAGAACGGCCUGUUCAUCAAGUGGCACAGAGACAUAAUGGAGGAAGUGCACGAGGAGAACCUCCAGAGGCAGAAGGAAGAACGCGAAGCAGGGGAGGGCGUCGACGCAGGGGGCGACCGGGCCAUCACCCUCUACCACUUGCAAGGGCCUCUGUGCAUCCUGGGGCUGGGUCUUGGGCUGGCCGGGCUCACGUUCAUGGCCGAGCUGGCUCUUCGUUCGUGGGGAGACGGUCGCCCGCGUCGUAGGAAUAUCCAGAACAAUGUCAUGAACAUGUUAAAAGCCUUCCAAAUGCCCUCCAUGUGCAAGCUAGAAGAUUAA